GGCAUUCUCACGGACCGACCGCUUUCGGGCCCGCGCCGCCAAUCGCUGCAGCCGGCAGCGCAGGCCAGGGCCCCGUGUCCGCUCAGCGCCCCGCAGCGGGGCCGGCCCGGCGCACGGCCCGUGCCCACAGUGGGGCCAACCCAGCACACGCCCACAGCGGGGCCGGCCCGGCACACGCCCACAGCGGGGCUAAUCUGGCCUAUGCCCACAGAGGGGCCGCCGCUGCCCCCUGUCCGGCCGCCGGCUCCUUGCCCUCCGCCGAUAUGAAUUACUCUAGGUUCAUCACCACUGUGAGUGCAGCAAGAAAAGCAUCUCCAAUAAGACUGCUGACUGAAUUGAUGCAGAAGUCUCCUCCAUCUCUUAUCUCUCUGGCUGGAGGGGCACCAAAUCCUAAUGUCUUUCCAUUUAAGAGGGCAACAGUUGACAUUGGACAUGGAACACCUAUUGAGAUUGGGGAAGAUCUGAUGAAGAGAGCUCUCCAGUACUCAGCCUCAGCAGGCAUCCCAGAGCUGUUGUCUUGGCUGAAGGAUUUCCAGCGGAACUUACACGAUCCCCCCACAGCCAAUUACAGCCCUGAGCAAGGACAGAUGGAAGUGUGUGUCACAACUGGCAGCCAGGAAGGCUUGUGUAAAGUGUUUGAAAUGCUCAUUAAUCCUGGAGACAACAUCCUUUUGGAUGCACCCACAUACUCGGGGACACUAGCAGCUUUGAGACCUUUGGGUUGUAAUAUAAUUAAUAUUCCUAGUGACCAACACGGCAUUAUUCCAAAAGCUUUAAAAGAAAUUCUGUCUGCUUGGAGCCCAGAGGAUGUAAAAAAUUGUAGCAAUCACCUCCCCAAAUUCCUGUACACUAUUCCAAAUGGAUGCAACCCAACUGGCAACUCGCUGACCACAGAGCGCAAAAAGGAGAUUUACCAGCUUGCAAGAAAAUAUGAUUUUCUCAUAAUAGAAGAUGAUCCUUACUACUUUCUUCAAUUUGAAAAGCCAUGGGCUCCAACUUUCCUCUCAAUGGAUGUGGAUGGCCGAGUUAUCAGGACCGACUCUUUCUCUAAAAUUCUCUCAUCUGGUUUAAGAAUUGGUUUUCUGACGGGUCCCAAGCCUCUCAUUGACAGAGUUGUUCUACACAUUCAGGUGUCAACAAUGCACACCAGCACUUUCACACAGAUUAUGAUAUCACAGCUCCUUCAGCAAUGGGGACAAAAGGGUUUCUUGGAGCACAUAGACAGAGUGGUGGACUUCUACAGGAUCCAGCGGGAUGCAAUGCUCACUGCUGCUGACAAGUGGUUAAAAGACUUGGCAGAAUGGUACCCUCCUGCUGCUGGCAUGUUCUUAUGGAUCAAAAUUAAGGGUAUUUCUGAUACACAGCAGCUGAUAAUGGAAAAGGCUUUGAAGAAAGAAGUAUUACUGGUUCCUGGAGGAGCAUUCAAUAUUGAUAGUUCAGAGCCUAGUUCUUAUGUCAGAGCCUCCUUCUCUCUACCUUCUCCUGCCCAGAUGGAUCUGGCCUUCAAGAGACUGGCUGACCUUAUAAAAGAAUCUUUGUGAAAAAGCUAAAUAGAGCUCUUGCAGUAAUAAAAAUCAUCUCCAGAAAAUAGUUAUUAACAUUUGGAUUUCAUCAGAACACUUUAUAAGCAAGCACAAUACAGUGGAUGUUUCCUUACAUCUUUUCAGCUAAAAAAAAAAGACUGAAAAUGAAAGUAAAAAACAAUUUGCCUAAUUUUUUUUUGACUGGACAUUGCAUUACAAAAUGCAUUCAAUUCAGAAACAUUUAAAAUACCCAAAAAUGUUCUAUUUCCUGUAAAAUCCAUGAGUUUGUUAGAUUUAAAUUGAUUUUUGUUCUGACUUUUGUUUUCCAUUUGAGUUGGGAAACAGAAAUCAUUUACUUAGAAAGUUGGACUUGAGGUGGUCUUAGCCACUAUUACUUCUCACUAUUAAUAUCAACUGAUACAUUCCUCCAAAAUCUUAUGUUGGGAUUGUCUCAUGGGUCACUUCCAUUCUUGUCCUUCUGUAUGGCAUCUGGUUUUAAUGAUUUGAGGAUUAGUAUUUAAUUCUACUGAAGUUUUGUCAGGUAAAGCUCAUGUAACUAUGUUAAAAAAUUAAAACUGAUCCAAUAAAAUGAGGCUAUGAUUACAAAUAAACUGAGGUCCAUUGCAAUUUGCAAGGGUAUUCUCUAAUUUGUAAAAGGUAUUCUGAUUGCUGGUUUUUUCCUUCAGUUUGUGAAUAAUUACUCGGUACCUGUAGUAGAAAAUCUCUGGUUUGCCAAGGCAUGUGGCAGUACUAAAGGAACUACUCCUUGUUAUUCAGUCAGAGGUGGUUGUGAAGGGAGAGUGUACGUAAGUGAAGAGGGGACAUUGUGGAACAGUUGCAGUGUUUGAACUGUAAUUACUCUGAAUAAAAAUGCAAAGAAACAUGCAUUUUCAUUCUUCUAAUACUGUUCCCAGGAAUACCAUGCUGUACCUCACUUUUCUUCUAAUGAAUAUGGAAACUAUUGCACAACCCUGCAAAGCACAGAAGUCACAAGGAGAGAAUAAGGCCUUGCUUAUUCUUUUCAAGAAUUAAUAUCCCAGAAACAUGUUAACAAAUCUGGCUACAGCUAGAAGAUUACCUAUAGAUGUAUAGAAUGUGGAGAAUACCUUCAGAAUUAUAUUUUCUUUUUACUUUGAAAUUAUAAUAUAUCAGAUCUGGAUUGUCAUAACAAGUAGAUAUGCUGUAAUAUGGUCUGGGAAAAAUUAACAUCAAAGUGUUUCUGUUCCUUGAUGUACACAGAACUUUGACCUUUUUCUACAUUUGGCUAAUAAUAAACUUAAAAUACUUUCUUGCAGUUUCAUCCAAUAAAUCAAGCAUUAACAGAGGUAGAUAAAGUACUUCUGACAAUAUCAAAUUAUUUUAUUGCCUUAUAUGGGAUGCAUAAUUUAAUAAACUCUCUGAGUAUCUGUAUCUCCACAAAAACUACUAAUAAAGUAGAGGAAUGGAAAGACC